CAGCUUGCUGCAGACUCACUCUCUCUUUCACUCCUCUUUCUCCCUCCUCCUUUUGCUGCUGCCCCUCCUCUUCCCUGCACAUCCACCUCAGCUCUAUGGACAUGGACCGUUCUGGCUUCUUAAUCAAGCUCUCUGGCUUACUGCUGUGCCUCCUGCCCAUUCUCCAGGCAUGUCCCCAAAACUGUCACUGCCAUGGAGGAGACCUCCAGCAUGUCAUCUGUGAUAAUGUUGGAUUGAAAAAGAUUCCUAAGGUGGCUGAGCAGACAAGGCUCCUCAACCUGCAAAGGAACAACUUCCCUGUCCUGCCAACCAAUGGCUUUAGGGAGAUGAAAAGCCUGGUCUCCCUCCAUCUCCAACAUUCCCACAUCAAGGAGAUCUCCAGUGGAGCCUUCCGGGGCCUGAAGCAACUGGUUUACCUUUAUUUGUCCAACAAUGAUAUCAGCAUCAUAAAACCAGGAGCCUUUGAUGACCUGACAGAACUCACCUACCUCUACCUAGACCACAACAAGAUCUCUGAACUGCCCAAGGGGGUCCUCUCCCCACUGAUUAACCUUUUCAUCCUGCAGCUGGGGAGCAACAAGCUCCGAGAGUUGAGAGCAGGAGCCUUCCAUGGUGCCAAGGACCUUCGCUGGCUCUAUCUCUCCAAUAAUUCCAUCACCUCAAUCCAGCCUGGGGCUCUGGAUGAUGUAGAAAACCUAGCCAUCUUCCACCUGGAUAAGAACCAACUGAGCAGCUACCCACUGGGGGCAAUGAGCAAGCUGAGAGUGGUGGAGGACCUGAAGCUGUCACACAACCCCAUGAAGGUCAUCCCAGAUUUUGCCUUUCAGUCCUUUGGGCGCUAUAUAGAGACACUCAGCCUGGAAAACAUGAACCUUGAAAAGUUUUCAGAUAAAGCAUUUGCUGGUGUAACCACACUGAAGACUGUUCACAUUGAGAACAAUAAACUUCACAAUCUUCCUGGUAACUUCCCAUUCGGCAGUCUGGAGACAUUGACCUUGUCUAACAAUCCAUGGCAUUGUUCCUGUCAGCUAGCACCCCUGCGCAGGUGGCUGGAAUCCACGCGCUCACGCCCUGAUGCAGCUUGUGCAUCACCUUCUGCAGCUCGAGGAAAUCAGAUCAGAGACGCUGCUGCACUCCGCAGCUGCAGGCUCCCCAGUAAGAGAUCCAAGAAGGGAAGCCGCCAUUAAGCAGGCCCCAGGAACAGCUAGUCCAGGUGACUGGCCGCUUUAACCAAUCAGAAAACUACUGACUUCUUCCAAGCCCUACAUCCCCAAGCAUCUUCUUCCUUUCCUCUGAGAAGUAUAAACCCAGUCCCGUCCAUCUCCUGCCAAAUGCAGAAGACAGGAUGGAAUUCACCAUUCAAUUGUUUUUUCCCCUGAUAUUAUAUGUAUUAUAACUUAUGCAUGAGAAUGCUAAGACAAGCUAAACUAGAUCCUGAUGAUAAACAACAGUCAUCUCUCCAGACCUAAUUCAAGCCACUCAGUUCAUCCUCAGGUUUAUGAAAACAAGUAGCAAACAAAAAGGUUCUCCAUAUUCCCAGACCUCCAAAUUGGUGGUUUUGACAUUAGAAAUUCAAAAUUCUCCAGCACUAAAAUCUUUAAGUGCCAACAUAUUAUUUGACCAUCAAGAAAUUCAGAAUAUGUUAUUUGGAAAUUUGCAAAGUUUGCCAAGAUCUGAUUUGCCCAACUUGGGGAUUAGAGUGAUUGUUAGCACAGUAAUACAGAUACUGGGGAAACGACUGAAAAGACGCGGUGGAGGGAAGAGAAGGGUCAGCGCACUAGAGCUUAAACUGGUUUAAAAGUUAAGGGAACAGCUUCUACAGUGAUGUGAAAGGUGGUUCCCCAAGAACAGGAAACUGAAAAAACUGCUGUCCUAGAGAAAUAUGACAGCACCAAGUGUCCAUGUAUAAAGAAGCAGAAAGAUUAUCCUUCACACCCUAGCAAAUCAUCACCAUCUCAGUUCCUUAAAAACACAGCAGGAAGCAGGAAGGUGACUGUGAUUUAUCAUAGUGGAUUUAUAAUACCACAAUUUCAACUUAACUGCAUUUUUUAUCCAGAAAGUUUAUAUAAAUAUAUAUUUAUUCCUGUAACAGUGUAAAUGACUCCUAGGAGGAUUUGAAAAAAAAAUAAGCAAAGAUGCCUCCUAUUCCUAUGUAGAAAACAAAUUGUAUAUUUUCUUAUGUACAACUUCUGUAUAAAGCUCUUGCUGCAAAUACAAAGUGAUCAAGUUUU